AUGUGUAAUGAAUCUAGAAUAUAUGAAAGUUCCACAUUUUGAAUUCAAUUACGGGAAAAAAUGAACUUUUCCACGAUAUUAAAAUUUUUUGAGAUGCACCUGUGUAUACAAUAGCAACUUUAAGACACUAAAACAUAACCCUACCCAUGUCCCAGGGAACAUCUCCCAAAUAUGGCAAUCUCAGAUAGUAAUGUGUGGAAACUUUAUUUUUUUUAACAUGUUGAAGAAAAGGUUCCCUUUGUUAUUGGGAGAACCAUUUAUGUACGCUCAUUAUGUCCUUAAUACAGUGUGUUAAUCUGUUAAUCUCUGUCCAAAAACAAUGUAAGGAUGGACACUGACACAACAUGUGUAUAAGAUGAGCUGGAGACAAGUGACAUCUAUCACAAACUGGAAUUGUACCAUUGUAUACUUUAGUGAAAUAGACAUAAUCUAAACGUUUGCACUGAAUAAGGGAGUGCCUUACACAGAUAGAAGAAUUUUGUGCGUGUUCUUGGUUUCUUCUGUGGUUCCACUGAGUCAGAGUCACUUUAGUCACUUCACAGAGUCACUUUAGUCACUUCACAGGGUUGAGGAACUAGUAGAGUUAGAUGGAUGGAGAAAUUUGUGCAUUUUCAUUGCUGAACUAUGCUACUGAAGCAUGUCAGGAGAGUGAAAAAGAAAAAAAUAGCACACAUGUGCUUCUUUAAUUGUGGCGUGUUUGAAUGCAACUCCCAGAAACAUUUCAAAACAGUACUGCACAAAUUCUGCCCUCAUAGUUAGAGCAAUGUUUGUAAUAUUGAUCUGUAAUAUAAAUGAAUAAAGCAGAAGAGGAGGUGAGUUUCUCUUACAAAUGUAUUUGUAAAUCAAACAAUCCCACAUUGAUUGCAGCCCCUUGUUAGGGAAACCACAGGGAAGUUUAAACGGAUCAAUAUUUCCUGUUCCUGAUGAAGUCUUAUUUCCGGCAGCAACAUCGGUAGAUAACGUGUUAUGAUUAAAUCUGACAAAUAUUGUUCUUUUGCUAUUUGUUCUAUUACAAAAAUGAAUUAUUGCACAUCUUUAUAAGAGGUAUAAGAUGUUUAUUUUCCUUAAAAAUCUGAAGAUUUGGUUAAAAUGUUAUUAUGCAUGGUAUUAGUUGGACGAGGACAGUAGGUAAUGAGGGGUGUGAUUGCUGAAUGAUGUCACUGAGGGUGGUCAUGGAAAAGCUCAGGUAAGCCCACCGUGUCUCUCCUCAUACCUGAAACCCUCAGAGAAGACCAGCUAUGGAACCUGCCAAGCCUCAUCCACGGUACUCCGACAUGUACUCUGAAGUCAUCGUCAGCUCGAGUGCAGAUGUUCAGAGUCCUCAGAAGAAGGACUCCUCGGGGCCUGAAAGCAGUGGGGAUGUGAUGGGUCGAGUUAGACUACACCCAUCUCCAUCUCGCAGGAGACAUCGAACCACCUUCAGCCAUGAACAGCUGGAGCAGCUGGAGUUAGCCUUCAGACACAACCACUACCCUGACAUCUACUGCCGAGAAGAGCUGGCUCAGCAAACUAAACUCAAUGAGGCCCGCAUCCAGGUUUGGUUCCAGAACCGCCGUGCCAAGCAAAGGAAACAGGAGAGGGCCACUCAGAAAUCCCUGCAAGGAGGUAUAAUGCCAGGACAUGGGGUUCUCCCAAACGGUGCACGUGGUGGUAUGACAAGACAGUACCAGUGCUCUCACUCGCUACCACACAUACCCAAAUUUUCCUCAGUGCUGCCCUCUGCUGAUUUCUCCCACCACACUGCAGCCAGCACUCAGCUGGCCUGCCCUUCAGCUCCUACAGCAGCCCAGCCUGCCAGGCAGCACGAGGACUGGUACUGCCAGCUCAGGCACAUCGGAGCACCGGCCACCAGCCUGCCCCAUGCCUCAGUGUUUUCCCUGACCUCUGUGCCAGCGCUGGAACCAGUCGUCCACUGGAACUAGUGUAGGCUGAAAGACCGAGGUCUAAAACCUCACACUUUGUCAUUCUGUUAGUUUUUAGCUUAUUUGGUUCACAUUCCCUGAUAUUACUGCAGUUCCCUUUAGAUUGAUGACUUGUUUAACAGUAAUGCUGGUGUGUUUGUGUGAUUUGGUACACAAAGUUGUUUGUGUCUGUACAUUUCCUCUCUUUAAUAUGAAAUCAGAAAAAAAUUAGAAGAAAAUAUUUUCACACAUUUUAUUACAGUUCCAAAACAGAGGUUGUCUUGAAGUUAUUAAUAUACUUUUCUAAAACAAAAAUAGUUCAUUCACACUUCCUUCCCAAACCCACCUCAUAUUUACAUUCUGACUAGUCUGGUUUAACUGGAUUUAAUGUUUAGAUUUGUAGAUAAUCCUCUUACCACCUGAAUAUGGGUUCUUACGCAAUGCUACAUUUCAAAUGAUACACACACACACACACACACACACACACACACACACACACACACACAUAA